AUGCCUGAGCAAUGUAAAAAAAGACUAGCUAAAGAAAGACAAAGCUGGUUUAGGAAAAAACAAAAAAUUAACAAUAAAAAUUUAGGUGUAGGAAAGUCUAAAAUUUUAGAGCAAAAUACCUUGCACAAAUCAUGCCCCCUUAGUAUAAUUGAACCUAUUAACAAUAAUGAAAAUUUAGAAUUUAAUAGAUCAAAAAGUAUAGAUCAAAUUUGCGUAACAAAUUUAUAUACCUUUAAUAUAGUUACUGACAACCAUUUAAGAGUUAAUUUAAACAGUAUAGAACAAAUUUGUGCUACCAAUUCAUACCCUUUUAAUAUAAUUAAUGAUAAAAACUUAAGAGUAAAUAGGCCAAAAAUUAUAGAACAAAAUUGCGCAACCAAUUUAUACACUUUUAAUACAGUAGAACCUGUCAUCAAUAACUUAACUUUACAAUUAGAAAGAUCUGACAAUUCAAAACAAAGUCGCUUAUCCAACUUAGACUUUUUUAGUGUGAUAGAUCUACAAUUUAAUAUAGAUCAUCUACCUGUGUCUGAGCUUUUGAGUUUUCCUGAAGUUAUUAAUACAAAUAUUAGUUCUGUUAUGUUUAGAAAUAAACCAAAACCUGAAUUUGAGCAGUUUUACUUAUCCAAAUCUGUGCCUCUCUGUGCAGCUGAAGUAACUAGCACUGAUGCUUUUUCAGCACAUCGUAAUGUAGUUCACCUUGAACUUGGAAGAAUGAAUCAGACCUGCACCUAUUAUAAUGCUAAAUUUUGGAUUGAAGAAAGAGAUUGCAAGAGCAAUAAAACAUCACCAACUUUUGCAAUAUGUUGUUCUGAUAGCAAGUGUAAGGGUAUUAUGGAUGCAUUGCACACUGGAGAUGGUAUUAAUAAUAUCGGUCAAUGCAUAAUUCUUCCUUCAAUAUUUGUCGGUGGUUCACAUCAAAUGUAUCAAUUAUACCAGGAUACGAUAGCUAUUAUAUGGCAUUUUGGAAAACUAGAUUUUUUUAGAUUGGCAGUACAUCUUCUGGAUCGGGAUUAUAUAUCUUUUCAUGAUGAAGAAGAUGUGCUUGAUGUUGCAGAAUGUGCUACUUCACGCAUGACAAUCUUUGACUUUUUG